UUUACACUGAACAUACUCUUUAGAUUUUGUGUAUUUUCUGUAGCCGGCUAGACAAUUGUUUUUUUUGCAAGUCUUUCUAGAAAUAAUCGAAUUUGUGAAAUUCUUUUAAAAUGACUGCAUUUGAGGAAUUUGGAGUCUUGCCAGAAAUUGGCAAAGCCAUUGAUGAAAUGGAAUGGACGCUACCCACCGAUGUCCAGGCUGAGGCUAUACCCCUAAUUUUAGGUGGCGGUGAUGUGUUAAUGGCUGCCGAAACUGGCUCUGGCAAAACCGGUGCCUUUUGUUUGCCCAUUUUACAAACUGUAUGGGAAACCUUAAGGGAUUUGGAGGAUGGCAAAGCAUCGAAAGGCGGAGGUGCGGCUGGUAGUGUGGCAGCUUGGACCAUGUCUUUUUUUGAUCGUAGCGCAGCUUUGGCAGUAACUCCCGAUGGUCUGCGUUGCCAAUCGCGUGAAUUUAAAGAAUGGCAUGGUAGUCGCUGCACCACCGGUGUAAAGGGUAAGGGAAAGUUUUACUAUGAGGCCACCGUAACCGACGAAGGCUUAUGUAGAGUAGGCUGGGCCACUCAACAAGCCAAUCUAGACUUGGGUACUUGCCGCCAUGGCUUUGGGUUUGGUGGCACUGGUAAAAAAUCAAACAAUCGUCAGUUCGACGAUUAUGGCGAGGCAUUUGGAAAAAGUGAUGUCAUUGGUUGUUUUUUGGAUUUGGAAAGGAUGGAAGUUUCGUUUAGCAAAAAUGGACAAAAUUUGGGAGUGGCUUUUCGUAUCCCCGACAAUUUGCGCAAUGAAACCUUUUAUCCAGCCAUAGUUUUGAAAAAUGCAGAAAUGGCUUUCAAUUUUGGCCGAACUGAACUAAAAUAUCCACCCAAAAAUGGUUUUGUAGCAGUAUCUCAGGCCGGAGCAGAACAUGCAAAGACAAAUCCCUUAGCUAAUCCCUCAACGAAUGCGGCGGCCAAUAAACCGGCCCCCAAUGCGCCUCAGGCCAUAAUUAUAGAACCCAGCCGAGAAUUGGCUGAACAGACAUACAAUCAAAUAGAAAAGUUUAAAAUACAUUUGUCCAAUCCAAAUGUUCAAACUCUACUUUUGAUUGGAGGUGUAAAGUUGGAGCAACAGAAGAGUGUCUUGCAGCAAGGUGUCCAUAUUGUGGUGGGCACACCUGGUCGUUUAGAAGAAAUGAUUAGCAGUGGUUUUGUGCAAUUAACACAUUGCAAGUUUUUCGUUUUAGAUGAAGCUGACGCUCUUCUAAAGCAGGGCUAUACAGAUCUUAUCGAUCGUUUACACAAGCAAAUUCCCAAAAUGACUUCAGAUGGCCGCCGUCUACAGAUGGUGGUGUGUUCAGCAACACUUCAUGCUUUCGAGGUGAAAAAAAUGGCCGAUCGUUUAAUGCAUUUUCCCACAUGGGUCGAUCUUAAAGGUGAGGAUGCCGUCCCAGAAACGGUUCAUCAUGUUGUGUGCAUGAUCGAUCCCCAAAAAGACACACUCUGGCAUAAUUUACGCCAACAUAUACGCACCGAUGGUGUUCAUGCUCGCGAUAAUGUUUUUCCCAAUAAUUUGACACCUGAAACCUAUUCUGAAGCGGUCAAAUUACUAAAGGGUGAAUAUUGUGUUCGGGCUAUUGAGGAACAUAAAAUGGAUCGUUGUAUUAUAUUUUGUCGUACCAAAGUGGAUUGCGACAAUUUGGAGCAAUAUUUAAAGGCCAGAGGAGGUCAACGUUAUUCCUGCGUUUGUCUACAUGGUGAUCGGAAGCCACAAGAGCGUAAACAAAAUCUGGAACGUUUUAAGAAAUCAGAAGUGAAAUUUUUAAUAUGUACUGAUGUAGCCGCAAGAGGUUUAGAUAUAACCGGAUUACCCUAUAUGAUUAAUAUUACUUUGCCUGAUGAAAAAUCAAAUUAUGUCCAUCGUAUUGGUCGUGUGGGUCGUGCGGAACGCAUGGGUUUAGCCGUUAGUUUGGUGGCUACAGUUCCUGAAAAGGUUUGGUAUCACGGCGAAUGGUGUAAAACUCGUGGCCGCAAUUGCAACAAUACUAAUUUAACUGAUGUCAAAGGAUGUUGUAUUUGGUAUAACGAAAAGAAUCUUUUAGCUGAAAUUGAGGAUCAUUUAAAUAUCACAAUUCAGCAAGUGGAUAAAUCCUUGGCCGUACCCGUUAAUGAUUUUGAUGGCAAGGUUGUGUACGGUCAGAAAAAUCUAAAUACUGGCACUGGCUAUAAAGAUCAUGUCGAACAAUUGGUACCCGUUGUAAGAAAACUAACAGAUUUGGAAUUGCAAUCACAAUCUUUAUUUUUAAAACGCUUAAAAUUCUAAAAUGCACAAAACAAUUUAAAUGUCAACAAGUUAAAAAAGUACAUGUAGUUAGGUGGCAAACCAAUAAUCAAUCAUGAGCUUCAUACAAUUGGGUUCACCAGAAGAAUGUGGAAAUGUUCUAUUAAACAAAGCCAACACUGUUGCUAUUGUUGCAUUGAAAUAUGCAUUAUAAAUUAAAUUAAACAAAAAUUAUUACAAUACAAAUACAUACUUAUCAAUUCUAAAUAAAAAAAAUACAAAUAAACACACACACUAAAACUAAGAA